GUUCAUGUUCAUGCAGAGCUAGGUAAUAAGUUCUUUUUUUUUUGUUUGCUUCUUGGAUAAUCAAGCCUGACUAGAGUGCCUGCACACAAGGCACUAUAGAUAGACACUGCGGCCUGUUCCGGGUCUCAGUAGUCAGAGUGAAUUUCCAUAAGUUUUGAGUAAGCGUACAGCUUCCAAGCCAAAGUGCUGGUGCAUUUUGUGUAUUCUCAGUGGUGGCUUGAGCUCCUCACAUUGUGAAGCUUAGUGUGAUUUUGUGGUCUACAGAAACGUUUUUUCCCCCAUUUUUUUUUUUUGGGAUAGCGUAGUAGGUAGGGAACUGGGAUUGCAACUCAAAAGCUGUUGGUUUGAUUUCCUGGUGCGACACUUCUGUUGUUCCCUUGAGCAAGGUUCUUAACCUGAAUUGCUUCGGUCUGAAAUAGUCGCUCACUAUGUCUGAUGGGGACUAUGAUUACCUCAUCAAGUUCCUUGCCCUUGGUGACUCUGGAGUGGGAAAGACCAGUUUUCUCUACCAGUAUACAGAUGGCAAGUUCAACUCCAAGUUCAUCACGACAGUGGGCAUAGACUUCAGAGAAAAAAGACUGGUUUACAAAUCCAAUGGGCCGGACGGAACCUCAGGCAGGGGACAGAGGAUUCACCUUCAGCUGUGGGACACCGCGGGACAAGAGAGGUUUCGGAGUUUGACGACAGCUUUCUUCCGAGACGCCAUGGGUUUCCUCCUCCUGUUUGAUCUUACGAAUGAACAGAGCUUCCUCAACGUCCGAAACUGGAUGAGCCAGUUACAGAUGCAUGCCUAUUGUGAGAAUCCAGACAUAGUGCUCUGUGGGAACAAGUGUGACCUGGAUGAUCAGAGGGCAGUGAAGGAGGAGGAAGCCAAAGAUCUGGCGGAGAAGUACGGAAUCCCAUACUUUGAGACGAGUGCAGCGGAUGGGCUCAACGUGAGCCAGGCUGUGGAGGUCCUGCUGGACCUCAUCAUGAAGAGGAUGGAACGUUGCGUGGACAAGUCCUGGAUGCCAGACAGCGCACUGCGGUCCAAUGGGCACAGUGCCAACGAGAGAAUCACUGAGCAGGAGAGCCCAGAGAAGGGCAAGUGCAGCUGUUAAUGAGGAAGCCAUCGGACUGUUUCUUUACAACAAGUUCCACCUGUUGCCUCACCUUUAAAAUCUUGGACAAACUGUUUACCGAAUGUGGUACUGCAUGAUUAAUCUCCAGCCAGAGCAGGUUUUUUUGUUUUUGCAGAGAACAUAUUUUCACCUUUACACUGCUGCCUGACAACUGACUGCUACCACAGUUUAUAUUAAUGCAGCAGGAAGAAACUUUUUUGUAGAAUCACAAGGGUGAACUGUAAUUGGUUACUUUUAGUAAUUCUGUCAGUCAAGUUUGGAGUACGUGGUAUUUAUACUCCGGGUAUGGAGUUGAAGUGCCUUUAACAACAGCAAUCAGUUAAAAAGAAAAACAACUGAAUGCACAUAUUAGAAAACAAAGAAAUGUGUUACUGUCCUCUGAAUUUCAGAAAAGCCAUUCAGUGCCAUCGUAGUGUUGUGUUCAUUGUGCACACUUUUACCAUUUCAGUAGGAAACCACAUUUGUCCUCAUUUUUACAAUACUUGGUUUAUUGUGGUUUUCAAGUGGCUGGACACGCGCUUUAAUUCCAUGUAAAACAUAGUGCCAAAAUAAUUCAGCAGUGGUUAUGUCAGCUACUGCACAUCUUAUUCUUUAGAUUUCAGACAUAGGCAAGACAUCAUUGGUGUCUUUUCAGAGGUUAUUGUAACUUGGGGCUCUUUGGUGUGGUGAAAUCCAUGUUUCAGGGGUGAUAAUUGGGUUUUUGUUUCCGAUAUGUUUUUGUGUCUUGUUCUUUAAUUAAUCCCAGUACCAGUCCAUGGAAAGCUAUGGACACGAUUUUACUAUUACCAUCAAACGUACUAGUUUGUUUCUAACACUGCAUUAAUGCCAAAACACUCUGUUGAUGUCAUAUCUAUUAAGUGAGGCCUUGUUUGUUGUUUAUGCAUAUUGUGUUGCACACUUAAAAGCAAGUUCAUUCCCUUCUGAACUACAGCUUGCUUCAAUCUUUCUAAAAUACAGUAUCUAAUUCUAAACUUCUGCUCUCUUGGAAAACUAUCAUGGCUACAAUGAUGAGAAAUUUUGUAAUAUUCAUGGGUUUAUGAUUUGAUAUUUAGUCAGGUAUAUGACUAUAAUCAUGUCAUUCAUGUAUAAUGAUCUUUAUAGCACAUCACAGAUUUUGAUGCGGUUGCUGCAGUCUAUAAUAUAACUGCCAUCUGUGUGAUUAACACUGGUUUUUUACAGAAAAUAGGAUCAUGUAGCUCAAUUAUAAAAGACAUGGUAAGUGAUCACAGAUCACCUGUGUAUUAAUAUUUGUGCAGCCACAAUACCUGAUUACUUACCCCCCUUUGGUGCCAUGCCCACCACUAAUGAUUGUAAUUAUCAAGUUAAGAUAAUAAGCAGAUCACACAAUUCAACCAGAGAGUAGCAGUCUUUCAUCUCAUCAAAUCCAACCAUGUUUAAAGACUUUUUUUACACAUUUAUUAUUUGUUGUAAUGCAGUAAGCCAAGUUGAUGAAAACUGUUGAGUUUGCUUUUUAAUAUUCUAAUCAUCUAUAUCACUGUUUCAACACUAGGUGAGGGAGUUUAAUGUUAAAUACACAUGUGGACACUUAUAGCAUUGUCAAAUGGUGAGUAAGAGACCAAUAGUUGCUUUUCGGUUUCUUUUUCUGUCACAUUUAUUCAAUAAUAAAUGCAUAUAUAUUUAUUUGAAACCCCCUCCCCCCAUGGUGUUAAGAAUGUAAAAAGUGAUUUUUAUACAUUAUGAAACAAAUGCCUUUCACAUUGUAAGGAUGUGCUAUUCUGUAGGCCUAAGUGCUACACAUCAAUAUACUCCACAAGGACUUAGAAUGCAAAAAAAAAAAAAAGUUGUGCUGUGCUUUUACAGGAGUGGAGUGAAUGUUGAAUGUUAAGUGAUUGAACCUCAUCAUUGUGUCACAAUUAUAUUUUUGCAAUAAACACGUGUCACUGAACAAAAU